AUGGCGUUAAAAUUUGUGCAGGUGAAUCUCAACCACUGCCUCGAUGCUCAGGAUCUCCUGUUUCAGAGCAUGGCGCUGUGGUUGGCACAUGUGGCUAUCCUCUCCGAGCCAUACCACAUCCCCCAAAGGGACAACUGGGCUGGGGACCACGAUGGCACGGCGGCGAUUAUAACUCAAACAGCUACUGGCUCACCGCCCUUCGAAAAGGUGGAAAAAGGGAAGGGAUUUGUGGCCGCGCUCCUUGGUGGCAUCACAGUAGUCAGUGUUUAUUUCUCGCCCAAUAGGAGUGUGGCCGAAUUUGAAGCCUUUCUAGUAGAAGUAGGAGCGGUGAUUUUAACGCCAAGUCCGUCGCAUGGGGAUCUCCAGCAACGGAUGUACGUGGGCGGGAACUAG